UUUGUCCAGCAACUUGAGCCCCCUUCUCACCUACACCUGCAAAUGCGAAGUUGCAAACACCUCCUCCUAUAAACUCCUCACAGUGCACAGCUCACAGCGGCGUCGUCGUCGUCGUCUCCGUCCUUGAGCUACCUAGUAGCUAGUUGCAGCUGCAGCUGCCUAGUGAGUAGAGCUAGCCAAGAAGCUAGUUAGGUAGGUAGCUAGGCGCGAUGCUGGGCUGUUUCUCCCGGCUGCGGCGGCCGGCGCCGGCGGGGGCGGCGCCGGCGCCCAUGGCGCAGUCGGACGAGGCGUCGACGUCGUCUACCUCGGCGGGCGGCGCCGCCUCCACCGCGGAGACCUCGCCGUGCUCGUCGUCGUCCUCCGUCCGGUGCAAGGACCUGAGCGGAGGCGGCGAGGUACACCGACACCGCCGCCACGCGGUUGAAGAAGACGACGUCGACGGCGGCGGCGGCGGCGCCGUCGCCAAGAACCCCUCCGCGCUGUCCGACUCCGGGUUGUCGUCGGCAAUCGCGUCCCGCCGGUUCUUCCUCUCCUCGCCCGGCAGGUCCAACUCUAUCGUCGACUCGUCGGCGCACGGCGGCCCGGCCGUGGGCGUGGUGGGAGCUGCCGGGGUGGCGGUGCCGACGUACUCGCCGGACCCGCACGCCGACUUCCUCACGUCGAUGGAGGAGAUGGUGGCGGCGCUGCGGCUGGACGCGCGCCGCCGCCGCGACAGGGCGCGGCUCCACGAGCUGCUGCUCUGCUACCUCGCGCUCAACGACAGGCGCGCCCACAAGUACGUCGUCAGCGCCUUCACCGACCUCCUCCUCCGCCUCACCGCCGCCGCCAACCUCGACGACGACGAGCCGCCGCGCCACCUGCACCAGUCACACUGAACCCUUCCCUUUCUUGAUUUCUCCUCUUCAUUUUUUUUCAACCGAUUCUCUCUUUGCAUUGCUGCAUACGAACAAUUUUUUGCUACGAAAAUUCUUCACAACGAUCGACUGAAAAAAUCUCACGAUCUCAUUGCAUGCAAAAUUGCAAAAGCAGAUGCUUUCAGCUGUAAAAAUGUCAGGUCGUCUAGCUAGCUAGCUGUAAAUAUGCCUGAAAAUUUCGUGGCAAAUUUCAGUUCGUAUGCAGAAGCUUUUCACUUUCCAAGGCGUGAGCGUGUUGGUGAAGACAGCAUAAUAUCAGCUUCCCCAAAUGUGCUGCUGUGUGCUUGCUUUUUUGGUCAUCUUUAUGACUCAUCUUCUCACUGUUUGGCUCAUCUCAUCUUUCUUGCUCUAUCUUGUUGGUUGUCUCAAACUUCCAAAUUAAGGCCAAUUUUGUUGUUGUGUGGUUGAUACUGUAAGCUAGCUGUACUAACCACUAUGAUUGCUACUAAACAUUGGGAUGUGUAUAUGCAAUCUUAUUGGCUUUCCAUCACAGUUUGUCAGUGUAUAUAUCUUCAGAAAAUUCAGCAUUCGGUUCACAUCUUCUGUGUCCUUAUCAGAAUUAACACAAGUUGUAAACUACCCUGUAAACGAGGUCUCAUCCCUAGAGACUAGUGAGGUCUUCGGAUCCAGCCACAGUUGGCAAUAAUAAAAGCAGGUGCCGUGCAAAACAGAAAACCUAUUGGCAACAGUGCAGGACAAUGCAGGCAGUCACUCUCUCACAGACACCAGCAUGAACCUCUGUUCGUGUUAGUUGGACGGAUCACAUCUGAGUGACAUCAACAUUUCUCUCCUUUCAUCACAAAGCUCAUGGACUCGUGUAACUUGAUGACAAAAACAACUAAAGAAGAAGAAAAAGGAACUCUUGGUGACAAACUGCAAAAGCAAUUAAGCCUGUGAGGAGAGACACUGACAUUGCAACCGUGAAGAAAGAACAAAGACCUGCAUAGUUCUGCCUUUUCCAACGAU